UACAUCUUUAAAUCGAAAAAGGGAGGAAUUUGCAGUACAAACAUCAGAUACAAUCAGACACCAUAGAGUCGCUUCUUAAUAGCUAACUCGGUUUUUGAUUACGAUAUUAUAAUUAUUUCAUAUAUCUUGCUUCUAAAUUCUUAAGACAACAGAGAGGAACAAUGCGUCUGAUCAUCAAAGAGGACUCUGCAGCCGUGGGACUGUGGGCAGCUAAGUACGUGCGCAACAGAAUCAACAGUUUCCUGGAGGACAACUGGGACGAGGCGAGGAGUGCGGCAGGGAAGACGUUCAACCUCGGAUUGCCAACUGGAAGCACUCCAUUGCACAUGUACAAGAACCUUGUGCAGUUCUGCAAAGAAGGCUCUCUUAGCUUCAAACAUGUUAGAACUUUCAACAUGGACGAAUACGUCGGCCUGCCCAUGAACCAUGCCGAGAGCUACCACACCUUUAUGUUCGAGAACUUAUUCAAACACAUUGACAUAGAUCCCAACAACGUCAACAUACUAGAUGGAAACGCCGACGACCUCGAGCUUGAAUGCGAACAGUAUGAAAAGAGGAUUAGAGAUGCAGGUGGCAUUGACUUGUUUGUUGGAGGAAUCGGAGCAGACGGGCAUAUCGCGUUUAACGAGCCUGGUUCUAGCCUAGUAUCUCGAACAAGGGUGAAGUCACUUGCUACAGAAACUAUUGAAGCAAAUAGAAGAUUUUUCCAGGAAUCUGGAGUGGAUGUUCCAAAACGUGCACUGACAGUUGGGGUGGGGACAGUAAUGGAUGCUUCUGAGGUGAUGAUUCUCAUCACCGGUCACCACAAGGCACUCGCUUUACACAAAGCCAUCGAACAAGGGGUCAAUCAUAUGUGGACUGUAUCUGCACUUCAACAGCAUCCAGGAGCCUUGUUCAUAUGCGAUGAGAGCUCAACAGACGAGCUGAGAGUUGGAACUGCGAAAUACUUUAAGGGACUGAUGGAGGAACAUGAUAAACUCAUUGAAUGAGAAAAUUAAUUCUUCAUUCAAAAUGAAAAAGGUAGUCCGCCGCUGUCCAAAAGGCAGAGACUGUUCCGACUACCAAAUACACAAGUUUGAGUUAGAAAGUUCAAU